GUUUCUCUAUAAAAACAACUUUAAUAUUUUUCAUGUAAAGCAGUAUCAAAGAAAACUUUUAAGAAAUUAAAGCUAGAAGACACUAAAGUAAAUUUAUUUAAUUCACUAUUUGUGAAUGCUGGAAGUGAAUAUUGUUAUUUGUUUAAUUAUAUGUGCAGGAUUCAACGAUAUUGUCAUAGCAUAUUAUUCAAGAAUGGAUUGUAAGGAAGAGUUUGUAUGUUUUGUGUAGUGUUUUUUUUAUAAAAUAAAGGUCGCGGAGCCACAAGAUUUUUUAUUAUUCAUAAAUAUUUUGACUCAUAAAUGGUAAAGUGUAACAAAAAAUCAUGAAUCAAAUAAAAAAUAUUGGAAGUUCUGAAAAUCCAAAACAUAACUUCCAAGGCAAUAAUACUACUCCAGUAAAACGGAAUAAUUCUACAGAGAUAAGUAUAAGUUCCACGAAGAAAAUUAAAUUAGAUAAUACUGUUUGGAAUACUGAUGGUAUUUUAAUUAAGAAACCAGUGAAUGAGAGCACCAAGGACGAACAUACAAAGAAGAGUUUCAAAAAAGAAUCUGUGGUAAAAACUUUGCAAAAUUUUCCAAAUCAAGAUGGUGAAGUAUCUGGAGAAAAAGGAAAAUCGGCGUUUAAUAACAUCCGAAAUAUAACUAUCCCAUCACCAUCGAGUCCACGUAAUUCAGAAGACAUUGUGGUUAUUUCGUCCAGUGCAGCAGACUAUAUUGUUGACAAAGAUUGUGAAAAAAGCAUCAGAAAUAAGCCUAUACCUGAAGCAAGUAACACUCUACUUAAUACUAACAUAACGGGACGAAAAGAGGUAAAUUCCAAAUGUUCUGGACAAACGGAAACAGCUGAUGUAGGCAUAUUGCCUUUAAAUCAAGAAAUAAAUACUAAUGAAUUUGAUGUUGUCAUGUUGUCAUCUAUACAGGAACAAAAGCCAAUACAGCAAUUGUCUUUAAGUUCUGAUAAUAGUCAUUCUGGAUCGCUAUCUCGUGUGGUAGCUUCAGGUGGAAAUAUUAUGCGACCAAGUACAGUGACUUACACACGUAUAACCACUGCAAGUACAAUAUCCGCCGGCUUACCACAAAAUGCAACAGUAUUGAAUAGAAGGAAUAUUUCUCCAAAUUUGAAGAAUCAGCAAGUAAUGACGACAAGUAAAAAACUGGCAUCGGAGGUUACACAAACUACAGCAAAAGUUUCAAUUGGUAAUACUACAAUAUCUGUUCCAUUAUUAAAGCCUCUAAAUUCCUCACAACAUGUACAUCAAAGCAACUCAGGAUCUUCCGAGAUUCAGAAGCAAUCCCAAGCGAAUACGCAAACGUCUUCACAGCAACUUUCAUCUCAAACGCAAAUAAAUUUGAGCAAAAUUCUGACUACAAAGCAAGGAUAUAAAGGCAGUCAUCCAACUAUAGUAUCACUUUCACAACUUCAAAUUAAACCAGUGUCAACAACAAAAUUGGUUCAAACUAAAGUUUUUGGUAAGAAACUACCACAACUUCAGUGUUCAGUAGCAACAAAUUCGCAGCCUAAUUCAGGACUUGUUACCAUUGCCGUAUCAAAAGCUAAACCAAAUAUAGCUCUCAAUCAAUCGAGUUCAAAAAAAAUUAAUUUCAAAACAGAUUCCGGAGGAUUAUUACAUAAUAAUGUCAAUUUAGAAGAUGGAUCAAGUGUAUCUGACAGUAAUGCUGCUAUGGACAAAAUGGAUUUUACAAAUGAAAAAGUAGAAACAUCUAUCAGUGAUAAUCAUAUGCUAGACUCCAAUACAUCGAAAACUUUAGGUUCCAUACAAAAUUCACUGAAGAUAGUAUCUCCAGCCACUGAUGAAAUUCCCCUAAAUAAAACAGCGGCUACUAUUAAAAAAGUUUUAAAUCCAAAUGUAAAUAUCUUACCUUUACUGACGCCACUGUCAAAGAAUACGGAGCAACAAGGAAACACAAAUAUUUAUCCAGCUGUUAGUAUAAUUAGACAAAAUAUUCCUCAAUUAAUUACUACAUCAGCUACAACCACUUGCGUAUCCGUUUCAACAGGUGUGUCAGAUAAUAAUGUACAGACAGAAUUCCACAGUACAAAGCAAGCAAAUCUGAAUAAUUUAUGUGGAAAAUUAAAUUCUUCAUCCAUAAUUUCGAUUCCAAAAAAUAUUUCGUUAGUUUUAUCGAAAAAUAACACCAACCAACAAUCGAAAGCGACUAUAGUUUCUAAUUCGGUUAGAAACGCUAACUUAAUCGAUCAGAAGAUAAAAAAAAUCAAUUUAACUGUUUCAAGUGCCCUUAAUGUAUCAGCAGUCAGUUCAAUGAAUACGGUACAGCCUUUUAAUACCAGUAAUAAUUCAUCGACACAAAAUCACUCACAACAUUCACAAGAUACAAGUCCAAUUAAUAAAUCUGCUGUUAUAUCAGUCGCAGUACAGCCUCCUAGUUUACUAAAUUCAACUGAUCAGAGCCUACUACCUCGUAAAACAGUCAAAGUAACACCCUACACGCUGUCUUCGCUGGGCCAACAUUUAGAUAAGCGAUGUAAAUCACUUGAAGUACAUGAACAAGAGCAUCGUCAGAAUAUUUCACAAAAUGUCGAUAUUUUACCUGCAAAACGCAACAAAUAUGAAAAUCCUGAGGUCAGUGCAGAUGUAUUUGACAGUUUGAACAAAAAAGAAGCUGUUGAUAAUCCGCAUUCCUACGUUGAUGCAAAAUCCAUAAAAAAUCUUGACAAGCAUGGAAACAUUGAACUUAAUAAGUCACCUAUGACUGUUCCUAAAUCAGAGGAUUCCAACAAUGUUCUGCUUAAGAAACUUCUUCAAAAUUCGAGUAGUUCACAACAUCUAAAUAUACACACGUCCAUAUCUACAAAUAUGCUUAACCCAGUUACGAACUCAACACCUGCAUCUGUUUGUAGUCAAGUAUUAUCUGCCAGAAAAGUAAUUAAUGUACGUGCUCCUAGUUUGGGUUUAGUUAGUUCUCUGGAGGCGCAGUUAGCUCGUCCAGUUAUACCUCCUGUCCCUGCGACAACUUCAGCAUCGGUUCAAAGUGAAAUUCCAAAAUCACAGAAAUCUGAUACUCAAGAAGAUUUACUAAAUAAAAUCAACAAUGAAGUAACAGUAUCUCAAAAUGACGGAAAAAUAAAGUGUGUUCAAGUAAUUUCAAAGGAAACGUCGUUUGUCUCCAACCCAAACAUUAGCCCAUUCCCAUUAGAUGAUCCGUGUCGCUCUAAAUUAACAGUUACUGGACAGGGCCUUGAAAAUGAGUCGUUUAAAGCAAGUAAAACUACGUGUGAGAAAAAUGAUACCAGUAAUACUUCCCAACAAAACUACUCACAUAAUACGCAGCCAAAAGAAUGCAAUGGAAACGAGGCGAAAGAAGGAAAUUCACUGGGAAAUAUUUGUCCCUUAAAUAAAACCAGCAUAAAUAGUCAGACUUUGGGCAGUGAUGUAUUAGCCAUUUUCACACCUAGCACUGAGCGGAAAGAAGAGACAAACGUUGAACAUUUUUCCAGUUUUGUAUCAUCUUUUCCGGCUUUGACGGACCCAUCAGAAAAUGCGGAAAAGAGCGAAAAUAUAAGAACUAAAGCUAAUGUGAAUAAUCUGUUAGAUGCAUCUACGAAGUCAAAAGUGCCAUCGAGAUAUGAUAACGAGACACAAAAUUCGAAUACCCAAGUUAAUUUAAAAUUGGACAAUAAAAGUAAUUUAAAUGAAAAGAAUUUACUGUCUGAAUGCAAUGAUUCCACCAAUAUUGUAUCUAUUGAUCAGAAGACAAUAGCUGUAGAUAAAGACAUUGAGUCAAGAAAAAAACGGAAAAGAGAAUACCAAAAGCAACGCAGGUUGUUGCUAAGUGGUAAGGAGAGUAAUGCGAACGCAGUUAACUCUACUACAAAUGUACCUGGACCAAAAAAAAGGUCAAGAAAACUUUCCAAAAUCGAAGAAGACUAUGACAAUUUUAUUGAUAAUUUAAUGACUCAUCUAAAACAAAUGAAACCGUUGCAAGUAUUGGAACCUUUAUUAAAUAGAAAUUUUCUCGUUUGUAAUGCAUAUGGGUUAAGCAGCAAUCUUCCUCGUGGAGUAAGUAGUAAAGAGAAUGGUGAUCUUUCACAAACACCUCCGCUUUUAGGGGAGUAUGGAAAUGCGCAUCAUUCCAAUGCAAGUACCUUAUACGAUACGGAGUCAUUUCUUUCGUCAGAAAACAAUAAAGAUAAAAAGUUGUCUACAAUACAAAAUGAUUUUUAUGACCAGGAAUUCUCAUCAAAUAUGCGAAAUAAUUACAGCGACAGAUACUUGCGAGUAUGGAGUAUUAUGAAAGAACGCAACAUUGAGUCGUCAGAUAUUGUAACUAACUGUAGUGUCAAUAGUGUCGACAUAGUAAAUACGAUUGGGGAAAAAUUCAAUAUGCUUUCACUGCAGCAAUUUAUUUAUCCCGGUUUAGUUGUUAUGAAUAAAAACAAUGAGCAUUAUGUGGACCGAAUGUCACCAGGUAUCCCAUUUAUCGACUCAACAUUUAAUAUGAAAAAAGGUGGCCUUGUAAAAGCGGUAAAGCAAAUUGACGGCAUUGAAAAUGUUAACCAGAUUUUACAUACUGGAACUGAUAUCAGGACGAAACGUGAUGAAAGCCACAACCGAGUGGUUACAUUAUCCGUUCAAUUAUCUGCUGUUAAUAAUAUAUUUGGGGUACUUAAAGAUUUGGCGAAUCUGUUACAUAUACCAACACCGACAAUGUAUAAAAUAAUUGAUAAGCCAACAUUUAAUUUAUCUCAUGACCUUAUACCAAAGAAUAACAUUAAAUUGACAACUAAAAGUCAAAUAAGUUUACAGCAAGAUGUUAUUAGUGGUAGAAAAAAAAUUUGCUAUAAUUGUGGUGCCUCGAUUUCAGAUUCAAAAAUUAAAUCUUUUAAAGUACCUUUUUGUGAUAUGCAAGAAAUCCGCCCUUCUACCUUGUCUCCAGAUUUAUCGCCAAUGACCUUGCAGUUCUGUGACAAAUAUUGUUACGAACACUUCAAUAAUCCUCAUAAGGCUCUUAGCUCAAAUGUAAAAUCAAAAAUUGAAGAUGCACAAAUAACUUCUGAACAAAAGUUUUGCGAGGAAAACCUAGCUGGGAACAGAUCUUUGGCCAAUCAAAAUAAUAUAUCUAAAAGUUGCAUUUACAAACACUACAAUGUUAACUGUUUUAAAGAGUCAAAUCAAAGAAUUAGUCGUGUUUCUGAAAGUGUUACGAAAGGCGGUGAAAUAUGUGUGGAAGGAAUUAACGAUCAAAAUGGAUUUGCUAGUUGUAUCUUAAAUAGUUCUAUUGAAGAUAUACGUGAGUGUGUUUUUUGUUAUCAACGAGGAGACGGUGUACCCAAUGGACCAUCGCGGCUACUCAAUUUUGAUAUAGACAAAUGGGUACAUUUAAACUGCGCUCUGUGGUCCAGCGAAGUGUAUGAGACUAUAAGCGGUGGCCUUAUGAACUUUCCCGCAGCUUUACAGAUGGGCCUUAAUCAAUCGUGUAGCGGAUGUCAACAACUCGGCGCCACAGUGCGCUGUUUUAAAAAUCGUUGCAAUCAAGUUUUUCAUUUACCAUGUGCAAUAAGAGAGCAUUGUGUUUUCUAUAAAAACAAAACCAUACAUUGUCAGCAACAUGCAAAUCGAUUAGAAAAAGAAAAUGAAUUGUCAUGUCUUACCGUUCAUAGACGUGUGUUUGUUGAAAGGGACGAAAAUAGGCAAGUGGCGACUGUAAUGCAUCACUCAGAAUUAACAAACUUACUUCGAGUUGGUACCCUAAUUUUUUUAAAUAUUGGCCAAUUACUUCCUCAUCAGUUAGAAGCAUUUCACACCAUAGAUCAUAUAUAUCCUGUAGGAUACAAAGUAAUUCGAUUUUACUGGUCGAUGAAGAGACCGAAUCGACGUUGUCGAUAUGUAUGCUCAAUAAAUGAAUCUGCUGGUCGCCCUGAAUUCCGCAUUCAAGUGCAGGAGCCUGGAAGCGAAAUCGAGUUGCGCGAUUCCUCCCCAAAUGCGGUUUGGAAACAAAUUUUGACCCCCAUCGCAUUAAUGCGUAAAAACAAUAAAGUUGUGCAACUAUUCCCUCAAUUUAUUUCUGGCGAAGAUCUGUUUGGAUUAACAGAGCCUUCUGUAGUUCGUAUUAUAGAGAGUUUACCGGGUAUAGAAACAUUAACAAACUAUCGUUUUAAAUAUGGGCGGAAUCCACUGUUAGAAUUGCCUCUUGCAAUAAAUCCAAGUGGUUCUGCACGCACCGAGCCAAAGCAGCGACAAAUUGUUGCUUGGAGAAAGCCUCAUACCCAAAGAACUGGCUCAGCUACAAAUCAACGUAUGGCAAAUUCUACAACAUCUAUUGCAGGUGAAAUAGCAUGCCCCUAUAGUAAGCAAUUUGUCCACUCGAAAAGUUCUCAAUAUAAAAAAAUGAAACAGGAAUGGAGAAAUAAUGUAUACUUGGCGAGAUCAAAAAUACAAGGGCUUGGUUUAUAUGCUGCGCGUGAUAUAGAAAAGCAUACUAUGAUAAUUGAAUAUAUAGGGGAAGUUAUUCGCACCGAAGUGUCAGAAAUCAGAGAGAAGCAAUAUGAAGCAAAGAACCGAGGAAUAUAUAUGUUUCGCCUGGAUGAAGAUAGAGUCGUCGAUGCUACCUUGUCUGGAGGAUUAGCGCGUUAUAUAAAUCAUGCUUGCAAUCCUAACUGUGUAACUGAGACUGUUGAUGUUGAUCGUGAACUUAGGAUAAUAAUAUUUGCUAAGCGAAGGAUUAACAGAGGUGAAGAGCUGUCUUAUGAUUAUAAAUUUGACAUUGAAGACGAUGCUCAUAAGAUAUCUUGCAUGUGUGGUUCUCCUAAUUGCAGAAAAUGGAUGAAUUAAGCAGCUAUAUACAUAUACAUACAUAAACUAUAUUAAGAAAACUCAUAUCAAUGUUGUAUGAAUUACAAUUAUUAAAAAAUACUUAUAGAUAGUUAUAAGCUGGGGUAUUUAGUACCCUAAAUAGUUAUCUGUAAUCUUGUAACAUUAUAUAUAAUAAAUUAAAGUUGCUUGGAAUUUUGUAUUUGCAGAAUAAUCACGAUUAUUAUUUUUAUGAUAUAAACCGUCGUUUGUUAAAAUAUAAAAUAUACUUCUAUCGUCUACAAAACAAAAAAGAUAUAUAAAAAUA